AUGUCACAAUAUAACCCAAAACUGUACGAAGAGAUUCCAUUAUAUGAUCCAUCUACCAAUAGUCGAAAAGAAAGAGAAACUCUGGAGACCCUAGCGGAAAUUUAUUCGAUUAUCAUUGCAAUUGAUCAAGUAGAGAAGGCAUAUUUGAAAGAUUCUAUAACAAAUGAUGAAUAUACAAAUACCUUAAACAAAUUAUUAGUUCAAUACAAGACAUACCUUUCAAACGAUAAUGAUGAUGUUAAGAAAGAAUUUGAAGAUUUAUACCAGUUUAAAAAUACAUAUAAUAUAAUAGCGCCAAAUGCGAUUACAAGGAUUGAAAGAGGUAUGCCUGUAACUGUUGAGCAUGCAAUUAUGACGGAAGAAACCUCUGGUAAAAAUAUGGCAGGAUCUAAAAGUUCUAAAAAUGGUAAAUCCAGUGGGGGCAAUGGCGGUAAAAAUAUUGCAGAAGCUACGGGUAAUUUUAUCACAAUAAUGGAUGCAUUAAAAUUAAACUACAGAGCAAAAGAUCAACUUCAUCCAUUAAUGGCCGACUUAUUAUUAUCUAUCAAUAAAGUGACGAGAUCAGAUUUUGAGCACCGAAGUAAUUUAGUUGAAUGGAUUGUUAAGAUUAAUAAAAUGAAAGUUAAUGAGCAACUAACAGAUGAUGAAGCUAGAGAGCUAUUGUUUGAUUUAGAUUUAGCUUAUAAAAGCUUUUACACGGUUUUGGGCUGA